AUGUUUCCAACGGCCCACAACAAUAAUGCUGGUGGUAACAUGAUGCAAACGAACAAUAAUCCAGGAGCAUCAUCAUCAGUGGCCACUAAUGGAGCAUCCAAUCAACUACCACCACCGGAACAAGGUUAUCUUUCUCAACCUAAUAUGCCUAUGGGCAUAAACUAUCCUAUCCCACAACACCCUAAUUAUCAUAGUACCAACUCGUAUCAAACACCACUGAUGUCCCACAAUAAUCCACCAACACCAUCCAAGUCGAAUACAUCACAGGGAAUGAUUAAUCCUUCUACUGGACAACAAACUAUGGAAAAUCAAACUUCAGUUCCUCCUCAUCAACCAUAUCAACCACAACCAUUGGUGCACAAUUCACCAGGAAAGGCAGGAUAUUAUUCUGCUCCAAAUGCUGGUAUUGCAUCAUCAAGUAAUCAAAAUAUACCUCCUCAAUAUGUUGUAGAUAAUCAUCAACAUGGUUACACUGUUGUGGAUCAUCAAAAUGUUGCUCCAACUUCUGUUAAUCAAGUGGAAGCAACAAUUGAGGAACCUAGGACAAGAGCAAGUGAUGAACCACAACUUGUAUUUUCUUGUAAACAUUGCCGAACAAUAUUUAUUGAUAGUAAUGCUCUAUUUUUCAAUGGUGAGGAACAUGGAAUUAUUACAUUCUUGAAAGUACACAAGGUGGAAGUAAGAGAAAAUGUACAAAUUGCACCAAAUGAUAGAUUUGAUGCUGGAAGUAAUUACUAUCCAUUAUUUUGUAAACAAUGUCAAACACUUGUUGGAAGAAAAUAUUUAAUGAGUGACAAGUCACCAAUUGUAGAUAUUAUUGGAUAUUACACUUUGGAUAUUGAUGCAUUAUCUCUGUAUGAAAUGUGGACUGCUGAACAAGAAACUGGAGAAAUUCAAGGAGGUCACAUCGAUAACAUUAAAUCAAUUCCAACCAACAGAUCAAUCAUGAAAGAAAUUACGUUAUUGAAAAAUGCUCUAUUAAUGUUACAACACAAUCAAUCAUCUCAAGGUAAAGAAAUACAUCUCCUCAAACAAGAAAUUAAUGGAACUGUGGAUAAGAAUGAUAGUGUUAAAAAGAUACCUGAAUUAAUUCAAAAAAUGGCACGCAUUGAAAAGGAACUGAACAUAUCCCAAGAGGAACAAAAGAAAAUUUCACACAUAAACAGAAGAUUAAAUAAUGAAGUUGGGCAUAUCAAGAAGGAAACCGGCAUCACUCCCUUGGGAACAGAACCUAUUAAGCCACCACCACCAACCAACCAACCAUCAAACAAAAAGAGAGCUAGUAUGGGCAGCACAACAGCAGCCAUUGAAAGUUCUCACACACCAGAAACCACCAACUCUAAGAAAAAGAAGACUAAAUAA